AUGCCGUCCCUACUUUCCCGUCCACCACCUUCGGCUCCCCUCAUGCAACCACCAGCACCGCACGCCCACCCACCUUCACCCUUUUCAAGCCCAUCUGCACCGCUGCCUCGCCCAGCUGUGCUGCACUCGCUCUCACCGCACAGCAGCAGCAACAGCGGCAGAGGCUCGUUGGACCUGAACCUGCCGCCGUCUGCUGCAGACAGCACUGACUCGUCAUGGCUCCAUGCUCCUAAAGGCAAGCGCAGGAACCGGAGCAAGGGGCAGGACGGCUGCAACGGCUGCAUGGGCGGGCUGUCCUCCCCUUCACCCAUGCACCACCCUCCUCCUGCUUCUCCUGCUCCCGCUCCUCCUGUUCCUCCUCCUCCUGCAACUCCUGCUCCUCGUGCUCCUCCUGCUCCUCCUGCCCUGCAUGCAUCUCCUGCCUGUGCUGCGCUCUCUCCCGCUCCUGCUGCGUCCCCCUUCCACACAGCGGAGCGUCAUGCCAACCCUCCUCCUCCUCACAACACCCCCACUCCCCAUUUGUCCACGCCCACCCAUCACAGCUCUCCUUUCUCUCCACCCACUUUCCCUGCUACUCCUCCAUCACUCCUUCCUCGCCCCUCUGCCACUUGCUUCUCCCCCUCGACCACUCGCAUGUCUUCCUUCUCUCUCCCACCUGCUGUCAUCGGCUCCCCUUUUCGUCCUCUCAGGAUCAGUCACCUUCUCUUCCCUUCUCCCACCACCGCCCCCGCUGCAACUGCCGCCCCCACUGCCCCCACCACUGCCACUGCCACCGCUGUUUCCACCACCAACCCUUGGGCCUCUGCUGCCGCUUGCGUCACCAAAUCAGCUCUUCCAACGUGGAACAACAGAGAUGCGCAUGCAGGGGACUGCCCUGUGACUAGCUCGUGUGCUGCUGCUGCCCCUGCUGCUGGUUCUGCUGGUGCUGCGAAUGUGGGAGUAAGUAUAGGAAUUUGUGCUUUGGAUGAUGAGGGUGCGUUGGAGAAUGUGCCGCUAGCCAUACGUUGGCUGUCACAGCAGGGCAGAAAACGUGGGGGGUGCGAUGGGGAGGAGGACGAGAGUGAAGGGGAGAAGGGGAAGGAAGGCGAUGAGAUGGAGGUGGAGAGCGAGGAGGGGGAGGAGAGCAGCAGAGAAGAAGAGGUACUGGGGAAUGGCAGUGGUGGCGAGGAGGCAGAAGCAGCUAAUGGAAACGGCAAGUCGACUCAGAAGCACAGAUCACAACGGCAAGGGCGGAAGGCAGGAGAAGGAGGCGGAAGAGGAAAAGGGGAUGGAGUGGGGACGGAGGGCGAGAAGGGGAAGGACGAGAAAGGGGGGGUUCAAGGGCGUGGGGGGGACUUGGAGAACGUGGGAGGCGAUGGGAACGGGAAGGAAGGCAAAGGGAGGCUGAAGAGGAAGCGGCACCCACGGCCUAAAGUGGUGCGGGAUGGUGGGAUGGCGGGGGGAGGUGCAGGGGGGGUUGCAGGGGGGGGUGCAGGGGGGGAAAGAGGAGAAGGAGGAGGACAAAGUGCUGGGAAGAAAAAGGGUGACGCUGGGAACGGGAGCGUGAGGAAUGGGGCUGGUGGAACGGGGGGUAAUGAAGGCUCGGGUGGGGUGGUUGGUGGGAAGAAGAAAGUUGGGAAAGGGAAGAAGGGUCAGGUAGCGGCAAGGGAAUCAGGGGAUGUAGAGAAAGGGGGCAGAGGAGGGAAUGGAGGGGAUGGGGCAGUGCGUGUUGGAGUGAAGGGGGAUGGUGCAUGCGGUGGCGGAGUAGGAUAUAAGGGAGUGGCAGCAGUAGCUUCUGCUGCUGCUGCUGCUGCUGCUGCUGCUGCCGCCGCCGCCGCCGCUGCUGCUGCUGCCGCUGCCGCCGCCGCUGCCGCUGCCGCUGCCGCCGCCGCUGCCGCUGCCGCUGCCGCUGCCGCUGCCGCUGCCGCUGCCGCUUCUUCUUCUGAUGCUGCCGCCGGUGCUGCUGCUACCUCUGGCGAUGCCGCAGUGGAUGGCCAUUCACUCCUGCCGCUUCAAUCCCUACCGCUGAUCCCCCUCCUAUCCGCUGCAGCCCUCCAACAGCCCACCAGCCACUCGAUUCUCCACUCCUUUCCCCAUUCCCUUCUGCUUCCGAUUCCUGUCAAUCCUUCCCCUCAAACCCACUCCUCCCUUUACACCUCCCUUCACACCUCCCUUCACAUCUCCCUGCACACCUCACCGUGCAACCUCUCCCCGCUGCAAUGGCUGCCCGUGCAGUAG